AUGCUUGCUCGUCGCAUAGAGAUGGAAUCUGAGGUAUCGAGAUGCGCCGUGCUUUCAGGCGGAUCUUCACCCUUCCAGUUACUCAUAAUGCCUAUAUUUGGAUCACAACGGGUCUUCGAGAUGCCUAGCUCGGCAUUCAACAACGGAAAAGGCUCGUUCAAGACACAACUCGCCUUACCCAAGGGCCAGCAAUUCCUGAUAACGAUGUUCAGCAAUUCCGUCGUCGGCGACAUAUCCCAGCUUCUUACUGUUGGAGCGCCCACUGGCGCGAGUUGCAACACCACUGAUCCAGGCGUCGAAUUCAACUAUCAAUUGGAUAGCGCGUUGCAACAAUGCCGUACUUUCUUGUUUGACGGCUAUUCGAGUGCCGUACAGCCUGUGAAGAUUAUAGCGAUGAUCCCAGGGGGCAAUGCAACGACUCUUUCUCCACAGAAAGGCCUCGCACAGUUCGAGUGGACUGCCAAUGUGAAGUCGGGCACGUCUAUGGUUUUCGUUAUGUCUGAUGCCAAUGGCAGACUUGGUGGGGUAUCAGACGUCAGAGUUGUUGGAGCUACCAACGACGCUACUUGCCUCAAUUCCGACUCCCCCUCCUCCACCGCACAACCGGUCCCUUCAGCGACAUCACCUGCAGAAGCAGCUAAUACUUCUCCGUCAACAACAACCUUCUCAGGAACAACGAUUGCCGCUGUAGUCGCAGGCGGAUUGGUUGGGACUAUUGCCAUCUGCUCCGUUGUCAUUUUCUUCGUGUUCCGCAGGCGCCGCCGUUUCAGGGAUGACAACAAGGGGCAGUUCAUGGAGUUCCAAGAACAUCAUGAUGGUUCGGCACCGAUGAAUGGAGGACGACUAGAACCUGACCCAUUCGUAGCUGCUCUUCCACGGCCAACAAGCACCAAUUACUCCCCCGGCGCACCGAGUUCUUCGACGAAUCUCAUUUCGCCUCUUCCAUCAUUAACCAUGGGCAGUCCAUAUAGUACGGUUCCACCAGUGCCCACUAGUAAAGCGGCGAUGAUAAGAGCGGCAAAUGAACGAAAUCGCCCCUCUCGGUACCUCAUACAUACGGAUGCUGCAGACGACAUCAUACCUGAUGAGAGCGAUAUAAUCGAACUCCCCCCACAAUAUAGCGAAAGCAGGCGACCAAUACUCGGCCUUACAAUACCAGACAUCCCAGGGUCAUCAUCAAACAUUCCUCAUCCUCAUCCGCCUCCACCAUGACGGAUGUCCUUCUAUUUUGUCAAUAUUUCUGGAAUGUACGAUCCUGUCCGACGGUAACUGAUACGGGUUAUAUUAAUGGAUUGUUUGGGAGGGCUUGUGCGUUAUCUCUUGAUUUUAUAUUCCACUUUCUUUUCUUUUUUCCGUUUAUCACGUCGAAGGCUGCUUGAAUCUCGGCGAACAAGCAUUCUGGUAGAAAGUACCUUCGCAGUACAUCCACAUCACUGUCUACCCCUGGGCUUACCCCUCCACUGUCGUUAUACAGCUUUUCAUGCAGUGCGUGAAGUAC